AUGACAAAGCUUGAAGUGCUUUAUCAUGCGUCAGCCCUUGCCGGCGACCUUAAAGAUUGUGCCCUAAUUAGUAUAGCUGGCGCACAGAAAACCAUCGAAGAUGUCCUCAGUGCGCCUAACCCUAAUGGAGAGCGCAUCAAUCAAGCGCUGCGCAGCGCUGAUCGUUUGGGCAUCAAGGUGGACAAGGCUGCUUUUGACACACUUCUCACGACUGCGAUGAAAGACGACUCUCCUAGCAACCUCGCUUGGGUUUUCAAUGCAGCUGCUUUGUUGGAUAAAGCCCAGGGAGCCAAGUACUUUGACAAGAUCAAGUAUCUUGUAUCACAAGCGGACGAGGUUGACAAGCGAUUCCUGCAGUUUGACGGGGGCCUCACGACAACUUCGAACGCUAUCCAUGGGAUCAUGUCGUUAGCCGAACAACAAGGAAAGGCUCCAGCUAUUACCAAAGAUCAAUUAUUGCUUUUCACCAACUACCUCUUAUCGCGAAAGCACGUGUCUACCGAGAAAUCUGCAUUCCAUUUGCUUAGCGCUCUUGGAGUGCUUGUGAACAAUCACCAACUUGUGCCAGUUGUUGCAUCCCUGAGAGGACCCGUCAUGAUCAAUCGUAUGAAGCCAAUUGUUAUCGCUGUCUGCAAUGUGUUCGGCUUACCAGUUACUGUGUCGGAGGUGCGAGUUGAUAUCAUUCCACAAGGACAAACGUCACCAAUUCUGGGAAAUAUGCCACUUACACAAUCUAAAGCAGCACCAAGGCUUUACUCAUAUGCUCCUGAUAAAAUGCCGGAUACGCCCGGCUUCUACACUAUCGCUGUGAAAAUUCAAUCUCAGGAUAAGCGUCUCAUUGGUUUGACUGGCUCGAGCGUACUUGUAAAACUGCCCGAUGAGGUCACCGUCGAAGAUCUAAAAGUAGGAGCACUCGAAAAGGACGACGUCGUCAGCGGCGCUAAUCUCGCUAGUGUUCCUCUGUUCUCAAAGCAUGGAAAAGUCAUUACGGCAGACCAUACGAAACGACUGUACAUUUCCUUCUCUGUGAAAAGUAAAGUGUCAGGAAAUCUAGUCCAACCUCAUCAGACAUUCGUUCUGUUCAAACAUGUAAACGGUGCCGAGGUCUUUUACACAGCUGAAGUACAAACUGGCGGCAAAUACCUUGUUGAAAUAAAUCUGGCCCAAAGAUCACAAAGAUUUCGAGGCGUGUAG